AUGUUCGGAAGAGUCGAUAUCUGUACAAUCAUACUUACAACCGCGUUAACAUCGUCAGCAUGUGACGAGUUUCUCCUCAAUACAACGCACUAUGACUACCCAGAAAAUAUCGUUGUAAGUGGGCGUAACAUGGACAGCACAUGGGGCGUCAACUGGAACUUAGCUGCCGUGACACCCAAUACCACUCUGUCGCGAUUCAAUCCCGUCGCGAUUGAAGAUACUAUGAUUACAUACAUUAAUAAAUACGGGUUCAUAGGAGUUGCUGGUGAAUUUAAUAUCACAGGUCCAGGAACAAUCAUUCCAGACAAUCUCAUCGCAAUCACAGACGGUAUGAACACAGAAGGGUUGACGGUAGGAGUACUAUGGGAUAGAAACACUGCUGGCUACUUACCUUACGACACUAAUGGUCCAGAGCUUGCCGUGACUGUAUAUGAUCUGUCUACGUACCUUUUGAGCAUGUGCAAAGACAUCGCCGAUGUACAAGCCUUGCUAGACCCUACAAUUAUGCAGGUGCCCUUUUAUCUGGAGGUUCCAGCCUUUCUUCUAGUGCAUCUUAUCUUGCACGAUGCUGCUGGGAAAUCGCUCGUAAUCGAAUGGGACGAACCCGGUAAAAUGACACUUACAGUGGACGUGCCUGUGCUGACUAAUUCGCCACAACUCCCGGCGCAAUUAGUCAACUUAGAGCAGGCGUUGGCAGCAGACUGGGAUAUGACUCAGGUCGAUGCAUUGAAUAUCACUGAUUACAACUAUAUGUACUAUCCCGAGGCAAGGUUUCUUCGAUUGUACUACCUCAACAGUCUAAAUAGGAUCAUGCCCUGGUUCGAGCAGACCACGGCGUAUCCCUACACACCAAAUGACGGCAGUGUGGACAGAACGGCGGUCUUGACCACGCUGGAUAUGCUCACAGCGAAUACUAUCCCAUGGAGAUACUCACAUGACGGAUUAUACCUGGGUGAAGGCCAAGAAGAUCGAACACAGUGGCAGUCAGUACGAGACGCCACGAAUCUAGUCUACUAUGUCCGUACAAUAGCUUUACCCACACUCUCCAAGUUCGAUCUAACCACAACUCUAAAGAGCCUACAAAACUCUGCUGGUGAUGUGCGGGUCAUCAACUUGGGAACAGCCACACGGGCAGAAGGCUCAUGGAAUAUUGAUCGCACUUCAAUAUGGAGUGAGUAG